AUGGGAGCCAACCUCCAUCCGCCCGCGCCAAGCGAAGCGCUGCCCUCCCAUGGGCGGGGGUCUGGCUGGGGUUGGGUCGGGGGUCUCAGCGCCUUCCUCUCCUUCCCUCCGCAGCCAACCUUCCUGGUGGAACUGUCCAGAGUGCUGGCCAACCCCGGCAACAGCCAGGUGGCGCGGGUGGCGGCCGGCCUGCAGAUCAAGAACUCUCUCACCUCCAAGGACCCCGACAUCAAGGCUCAGUACCAGCAGCGAUGGCUCGCCAUCGACGCCAACGCCCGCAGGGAGGUCAAGAACUACGUCCUGCAGACGUUGGGCACAGAGACGUACCGACCCAGCUCUGCCUCGCAAUGCGUGGCCGGCAUCGCCUGCGCUGAGAUCCCCAUGAACCAAUGGCCUGAGCUCAUCCCCCAGCUGGUGGCCAACGUCACCAACCAGCACAGCACCGAGCACAUGAAGGAGUCCACGCUGGAGGCCAUCGGGUACAUCUGCCAGGAUAUCGAACCAGAGCAACUUCAAGACAAAUCCAAUGAGAUCCUGACAGCCAUCAUCCAGGGAAUGAGAAAGGAAGAGCCCAGCAACAAUGUGAAGCUAGCAGCUACUAAUGCACUCCUGAACUCUUUGGAAUUCACCAAAGCAAAUUUUGACAAAGAGUCUGAAAGGCACUUUAUUAUGCAAGUAGUCUGUGAAGCAACGCAGUGUCCAGAUACGAGGGUACGAGUGGCUGCCUUACAGAACCUGGUGAAGAUCAUGUCCCUUUAUUAUCAGUACAUGGAGACGUAUAUGGGUCCUGCACUUUUUGCUAUAACUAUUGAAGCAAUGAAAAGUGACAUAGAUGAGGUGGCUCUACAGGGAAUCGAGUUCUGGUCAAACGUGUGUGAUGAGGAGAUGGAUCUGGCCAUAGAGGCAUCAGAGGCAGCAGAGCAGGGGAGGCCUCCGGAGCACACGAGCAAAUUUUAUGCUAAGGGAGCACUGCAGUAUUUGGUCCCAAUUCUGACACAAACGUUAACAAAACAGGAUGAAAAUGAUGACGAUGAUGACUGGAACCCCUGUAAAGCAGCAGGAGUCUGCCUCAUGCUCCUGGCGACCUGCUGUGAAGAUGACAUUGUUCCUCACGUGCUGCCCUUUAUUAAAGAACACAUCAAAAAUCCAGAUUGGCGAUACAGAGAUGCAGCUGUGAUGGCUUUUGGGUGCAUUUUGGAAGGACCAGAGCCUAACCAGCUCAAACCACUAGUUAUACAGGCAAUGCCGACUUUAAUAGAGCUGAUGAAGGAUCCCAGCGUUGUGGUUCGAGACACAGCAGCCUGGACCGUGGGCAGGAUCUGUGAGAUGCUCCCUGAGGCAGCCAUCAAUGACAUUUACCUGGCCCCACUGCUGCGGUGUCUGAUCGAGGGUCUGAGCGCUGAGCCCCGGGUGGCCUCCAACGUGUGCUGGGCCUUCACAAGUCUUGCUGAAGCUGCCUAUGAAGCUGCAGAUGUAGCUGAUGAUCAGGAAGAACCAGCAACCUACUGCUUAUCCUCUUCAUUUGAGCUUAUAGUUCAGAAACUUCUGGAGACCACAGAUAGGUAAUGUUCACCCAGCUGCAUAGCUGCCUUUUCUUUUGGUUUUCCUACCCCUUCUCCUUAAGGCUUUGGCCUUCCUUCUCUCACAGUGUAGAUCUGAAUGAUGUUUUGUAAGAACUGGGCUUUCUGGCAUAGUGUCCUCUUCCAAACGAAGCUGAAAUAUAAAUAGACAAGGCAAAAUGUUUUCUCAGUUCUGCAGAUGCAAAAGUGAGGCUCGUGCUGAAGUCCUGUUCCGCUUUUAAGGUCACGUAAGGGAUUUUGACAGCUCUGCAGUUCAGCUUUUGGGUCAGUUUCCAUCUUCAGCUGAAUCCAUCUGCAGGUUGAGUUCUUGAAUGGGGUUCCUGUCUGAGCAGUUUGGAGUCUGAACUCGCUUUGUGUCCUGUUCAGUUCCAGCCAGCAGUGCGGUGUCUGCCUCAGGGCUCUGAGAUCCAUCAGGCAUCUCAGAACAGAUCUCAGCUGUCUCUAUUUCCAGCUGAACUCCAUCCCUGAUGGCUCAGAGGGAUGUUGGGAGGUACCCACGGGCACUGCUCACAUCCUGACACCAUUCCAUCCCAGGCAGGGUCACAGCACGCAGCAGUUGGGUGGCUUUGAGUUGUUUGCUGCUCCUGGACUCACUGUCUGUCUGAAGAUAUUGGAAGUUGUUAUUAAUAGCAAAUU